ACCCAAGAAAUCGAUUUGAGGACUAAGCAAAACUGCACGACUAGAGGCAGAAAAAACCCUCCGCAUCAUGGAAGAGUAAUCAGUGCAAGCUGAGCUCUUUCCCUGAAUGAAUCCAAGUAACCCCAGUGAUUGCCUUCUGAAAUGACCAGCAGACACACUUCUGUCCAGAGGCUGUCCAGAGUAUAAAUUCUGGUUCUGAAAUACCAUGUCCAGCCGAGGAAGUCCUGGUGUGGAGUUUUCUACAACGACAGUCAGUUCAGUAGCUGUUCAGGCCGGGGACUCCAAAAUCGUUAUAGCUGUCAUAAAGUGUGGCAAGUGGGUACAACUUCAAUUGGCUGAAUCACAGCCCAAUCUUCUAGAAAUUGGUAGCAGUCAAGAUGAGACCAAAAAACUUCUUCAUGAUCAUGAACUUCUUUUGGCCAAGCUCAAGGCUUUGGAAGAUCAGGUAUGGGAACUCUUGCAGGAAGCAGACAAGACAGCUGAAGAGAACAAGGAUCAGAGUCAGGUCUAUGAUGCCAUGGCCGACACCUUGGGUGAAGCAUGGGCAGCCCUUGUUUCCAUGCUUGAAAGAAGAAGGGAGCUCCUCAGGUUGACCUCUGAAUUUUUUGAAAAUGCUUUGGAGUUUGCUAUUAAAAUAGACCAAGCUGAAGAUUUCCUCCAGAGCACCCAGGAGUUUGAGAAUGCCGAGUCCUUAAAAUCACUUCUUCAGCUUCAUGAGCAUCAUACCAAAGAACUCUUAGAACGAUCUCUAGCCCUUUUAAACAAAAGUCAACAACUUACUGACUUCAUAGAAAAAUUCAAGUGUGAUGGACCUAAUGUGAAUUCUGAGUUGAUUCAGGGAGCUCAUAACAGCUGUCUGAAGAUUGACAGUCUUCUUGAGCUUCUACAAGAUAGGAGACGGCAACUCGACAAGGAUCUGAAGCAGCAGCAGCAAGAACUGGGUCAGGUUCUGAAGAUAUGUCAGUGGGACCAGCAAGAAAAUCAGGUUACUUGUUGGUUUCAGAAAACCAUAAGAGAUUUAAAGGAACAAAGUCUAGGUUCAUCACUUUCAGAUAAUGAGGAGCUAAUUUGUAAGCAUGAGGAAUUGAUAAUAAAAGCAAAGGAAUGGGAUUCUAUUGUUGAGAAGCUGAAGAGUGAUGCACUUAGGAUUCUGCUGUCCAGGGACUACGUGGAGGAAGAACGGCUACAGCUCUCUAACCAGAAACUGAAUCAGCUUCGAGAAGAAUUUGGUCGCCUCAUGGUGGAAAGGAACACUUGGUUAAAAAAGGCAAACGCUUUUUUUAACAGUGCCAAGAAGGCAUUUGAUGUACUUGGAAGAGUUGAAGCUUACCUUAAGCUCCUUAAAUCAGAGGGUUUAAGUCUGCCUGUCUUGGCAGCAAGGCACGAGGAAUUACACAGAGAAAUUAAAGACUGCACAGCUGAUGCUUUGCAAAAAGGACAAGCCUUAAUCAGCCAAGUAGACUCCUGUAGCUCCUGGGUAACCGGAGUCCAUGAGAUGAUGGGAUGCAUUCAGAGGCGAGUGGACCAUCUGACCGAACAGUGUUCAGCGCACAAGGAAUUCGCUCUUAAGAAACAGCAAUUAACUGCCUCAGUGGAGGGCCACCUCAAGAAGGUGGAAAUGUCAAUUCAGAAAAUCAGUCCAGUACUUUCCAAUGCAGUGGAUGUUGGUUCCAGCCUUUCUGAAUCAGAGAAGAUUUUGAAUAAAUAUCUGGAACUAGAUAUUCAAGCUCAGGAGACAGCACAAGAAUUAGAAGCAGCUGCAAAACUUAUGACAGAGAAAAAUGAAUUUGAACCUGACGAAGUGGCAUUGCUUUCAUCCAAAGCUAAAUGGCUAGAGGAAGAAUUAAAAAUACUUGGCCAAACCAUCGCCUCCAGGUCACGAGUCCUGCAAACUUAUGUGGCAUUUCUAAAGUCAUCAGAGGAGGUAGAGGAGCAGUGUCAGAACCUAAAGGAGUUUUACCAAACUGAAAUCCUACGGAAGGAAGAGGAUGAUGCUGAAUCCAAACAUCAGUUGGACUCAGCUGAGAAGCAGUGGGAGUUAUUUUUAAAGAGGAGCUUUUUAACUCAAGACCUAGGGCUUGAGUUCCUUAAUUUAAUAAAUAUGGCAAAAGAGAAUGAAAUACUACAUGCAAAAAAUGAAGUGCACUUUAUGGAGAACACUAUGGAAAGACAGAAGGCAGAGAGAGAAGAACUCAGCCACCUUCGGAUGACAUGGCAACUUAAAGCCAUGGCAAGCAAGCCUGUGAAACAGCAGUGGGGAGCAUUCAAGGAACAACUUAGAAAGACUACUUGCAACCUAAAACUUCUUCAGGAAGCACUUAUGCCUGUGUCUGCACUUGACCUUGGAGGGAACCUCCAGACCAUUUUAGGUCUACAGAAAAAAUGGAAUGAAAUGAAGCCUUACCUCCAGCAACUAAAUGUUGAAGUUCAGUACAUUAUAAAAGAAUCAGAAGAGUUAACUGGUAAAGGAGCCCCUGUGAAAGAGAAGUCUCAACAACUGAAGGAGCUUAUUCACCUCCAUCAAACACAGAAAGAGAGAAUCCAAGAUUAUGAGGAUAUCCUGUACAAGAUACUCCAAUUCCACCAAGUUAAGGAAAAGCUGGGUCAUCUCAUCGAGUCAAGGGAAAUGGAGUUUUUAGAACAGCCAGAGGAGCUGGAGGAUGGCCACAAAGCCCAGGUGCAGCUCAGUCGCUCUCAGGAGAAGCAGGCGCAUAUUGAUCAGCUCCAUCAACUGGCCCUCUCCCUGGGAGUGGACAUCAUCGCCGCAGUGCAGCGACCCAACUGUUCUAACAUUUCUGCCAAGAACCUGCAGCAGCAGCUGGAUGUCCUUGAGGGGGAUGGUGUGAACUUGCGUGCCAAAGCCGAGGAGCAUGAACAGACCCUGGCCCGCUGCUUGGAGUACUGCACCACAAGGGACAAUAUAAACGAGCUCAAAGAGUCAUUCAAAGAUAUCAAAAAGAAAUUCAACAAUUUAAAGUUUAACUACACUAAGAAAAAUGAGAAAGCUCGGAAUCUGAAGGCCCUUAAAUAUCAAAUUCAACAAGUUGAUGUGUAUGAUGAAAAAAUACAGGCUUUGAAAAUGAAAAUGGGAAAAGUUGAGAAGAAAACUUAUUCACUCUUAAAUUAUCCAAAUAAUAAAGUUAAUGUCCUUUUGGAAACAAUGAAGGAUUUGCAAAAACAGGUGGAUGAGUUUGAAAAAGUUGUGACAGAUUACAAGAUGAAUUUGGACCUGACUGAACAUCUCCAGGAAAUGAUAGAAGAGUGUCACUUCUGGUAUGAAGACGCAAGCGCCACAGUUGUCAGAGUUGGAAAAUAUUCCACAGAGUGCAAGACAAAGGAAGCUGUGGAAAUUCUCCACCAGCAGUUCAACAAGUAUAUCAUGCCAUCAGUGCCUCAGCAAGAAGAACGGAUUCAAGAGAUCAGUGACCUAGCUCAGCGCCUAUAUGGUUUUGAAGAAGGGCAGAAAUAUGCUGAGAAAAUAAUGGCAAAACACAAAGAGGUGCUUGAAUCUGUCACUGAAUUAUGUGUCUCUCUCACAGAGCUUGAAGAAAAGCUGAAGCAGGGAGACAUUUUAAAGAUGAAACUGAAUUUGGAAGAUUUCCACGAUGACUUCAUCGACCUGCUAAAAGAACCAGCGAGAAAUAAGCAGACACUACUCCAUGAAGAAAGGAAUAAGGAGAAGGUGCAGGUAGCAGAUAUUUUGACCAUCAAUGGAACAGGAGAGGGUCAGCUCCCACACCACCUGACGCAGCUGCUGUCUGACAAAGACGAUGCUAUACAAGGUCGUGUCCUGCCUCCAGACAUGCUUUCGGGAGAAGAAUACGAGUGUGUCUCACCUGAUGACAUCUCCUUGCCUCCACUCCCAAGAAGCCCUGAGUCCCCCCUUGGCCCUGCUGACAUGGAAGUGGAAGAACAUUCCAGCCCUCCCCUUAGCCUUCCCAUGAGCAACUACAGGAUGCAGAAGGGGGCCUGCGGUCAAGGAGAGGCUCAGGAAUCUGGCAUUCCACCACCUGCUGCCUUUGCCGAUGCUUAUAAUCAUAAGAGAGAAACAUUUUCAAGUUGUUUUGAGAAACCCUCCCCCCAGUUCAAAGCUGAGCUCCCAUUAAUCUCCAGAGGAAUUUUGGGAAAAAGUACUGCUUUCUGCAAAAUCAGUGCUAAGCAUCCAGAGAGCAUGCUGAGUGGAGUGCAUGAGAGAGCUUUACAGCAGCACCCCCAGGCUCAGGGAAGUUUGCUAGAGAUGCGGGAGAAAGUGCAUGUUGAUAACAAUGUCACUAAAACCCAAGAUGGGCUGCAUGCUGCCCAGGGUGCAUUCUCGGGCCUUGUGCUUCGAUCAGGCCCCACCCAGGCCUAUCAGAGGCAAAUGGUCCCCCAAGAGGAGAUUAAAUGUACAUCAGCAAAGAACACGGUGGUCAGCCUCGCUGGCCAGGCACCUAAUUUCUCCAGGCUUCAGUCUAAUGUAACUGUCAUGGAAGGUUCUCCAGUGACUUUGGAAGUUGAAGUGACAGGAUUUCCAGAGCCUACACUGACAUGGUUCAAGAAGGGCCAGAAAUUGUCUGCAGAUGGGCACUUAGAGGUUUUACACAAGGAGACAAGACAUUCUGUGUUCAUUCCGAAGGUAUGCAAGGGAGACGCAGGCCUCUAUGUGGCUCGAGCCCAAAACUCUAGUGGCAUUCUCUCUUCCAGUGUCAUCCUCCACGUGACAGGUAACCACAGGCCACCAAUCACAAGAAUAAACUGGAUAACACUGUGCGUCAUCUAUAUUAGUGUGUCCCUAAUGUACUGGGUACUCACACAGUGACUGUGGGGUUAGCACUCCUGGAUGCCAUUUUCAAGAGCCUAGAGAACGAUGCUAUGGUUGUUUUUAUUCCUGUAUCUCCCACAGAGCAUCCUCCAUGACGUGUACCCCCAUUCUGGUCAUGCUGUUUGUUCACCUAAUGCCACUGCUCAGUGAAAUAAUCUUUAGUGUCUUAGUAUAUUUGAGGAGCUUGGUAAAUUAUUAGCAGUAGAUAAGCAUACAUUUUUGUAUUCUAGAAAGAGAUGUGUUCAAAAUAAAAGCACAGUAAAAUACAUUGUUUAUUCCCUCCCAAUUUAAAACCAUGUAUAUUAAGAUUCACAUCAGCAGAGAGAUGUGAGUUAAAUUUCAAAUUCAAUUGUUUGAUAAUUUUUUUUUAAGUUUACUUAUUUUUAAAGAGAGAGAGAG